CACAAUUUCAAAGUGUUUUCUUUUGUUUCUUUUAAAAAUCUGAAAAUGCGCCACGUACCAUAUUGGUAGCUAAUGGGCGGGAAACCUAUACGGCACACACUCUCUCACACACACUCACGCACUAAAUCAGUCACAGACUCACUGAACAGUGAGAGAGAAAAAGUGACCCCAAAUUUGAACCUUCCGCCACGAUGAGAAACGCCGGCCGCCGCCGUGCGAAUGACUCACUAGCUCCCGAAAGGAGACCUCCGCCGCCCACGCCGACCAGCGUCGCCGGCACCCCCGGCGACCCAUGGCAUUUCCUCUCCACCGGCCGCGAUUCAGACGCUAGCUUUGCCAGCACUCGCCCCUCCUCCUCCUCCAUCGGCAUAAACCCUCGCUCGUCGAUGGUCCCAAUCACUGACAAAUCCUACCAAGUCUCUGCAAUACGGACUAUCAACGCCUACCUCUCCUCCCAUUCUUUCCCUGUAACCCUAAAGCCCCCUUUGCCUUCUGCCAAAGACAUCAUGGAAACCCUAAAAUUCAUUCUCUCUCGCUUGGGUUUCACCGCAUCCAAAAUAGAGGAUGACCUCCAAAUUGUGUUAAAAACCCUAAACUCCCCUGUGAAAUUGAACAAAUCCGCCCUUCGAGCUCCUGGUACGCCUCAUUCAUGGCCUAGUUUACUUGCAGUUAUUCACUGGCUGGUUCAGGUUAAUUUGCACGACGAUCACUUAUUGAGUGUUAAGCAAACAAGAUCCAAUUUUGAGCACAAUGAUAUGUUCCAGUACUCGUGUGACAGCUAUUUGUUCUACAUUCGCGGGGAUGAUGCCUCGGUCGAGGCCUUGGAUGAUGAGAAUAUGAAGAAAUUGAUCAGUGCGAAAGAGGAAGUAGCUGAAGUUUUGAAGAAUUUGGAGGAGACUGUGAAGGACUCGGAGAAGAAAUUGGAGGGAUUCAAGACAGGGCCCAGUGAGAGGGAGAAACUCGAGAAGGAGAAAAGCCUGUUGGAGGAAGAUGUGAAGAAGUUUCAUGACAUGAUUGAGCAGUUGGAUGGGCAUAUGGUCUCUGUAGAGAAGCUUUUGGAUGAGAAGGAGAAGGAGUUGGAAACUAAAAUUUUGGAGAGCAAAAAGGUUAAGGAGGAAAAUGAGGAAUUGAAGAGAAGAAUCGAGGAGCAGGGAAUUAAUGCCUAUGAUGCAGAGAGGAUGAGGAAGGAGUUAAUGGCCGUAGAACGGGAUAUUGCAGAGACUGAAGAUGCCAGAAACGGAUGGGAGGAGAAGACUUGGGAUCUAGAUUCUCAAAUUGGGCAUAAGCUUCAGGAGCUUGAGGGACAGAUAAUUGAGUGCAAUCAAGCUAUGCGGAGGUUAAAGCUAGGGAAUGAAUAUCAGUAUCAUCUGAAUCCAAAAGGAUCAACACCUAGUGAGGUGUUAAGUUUGGAUUACAAGUCAACCAUCAAGCCAGCACUUGCAUCUUUUGAAGAUAACAUAAAGAAAGGUUCAAUGCACAAAUUGGAAGAGUUGAUAUCCCUUCGACAGCAAUCAGCUGAGAAUGAAGCUAAAAUAGAGGCUAAAAGGAACAAAACUGCAGCUCUUAUUUCCCAUAUUGUAGAGGUUGAGGUUCGUUUGAAUACGGUUAAGAAGGAAAGCCAGGAUUAUACUGCAAGAUGUGCAUCUGAAGCUAGAAAGCUGCUUGAGGAAGUCGAAGCAGAAGCACGGAAUCUGGAAAUUGUUGAAAAAGAAGCUACCGAAAUGAUCAAGGCAUCUAAGUUGAAGCUCCGGGAAGUUAUGAAGCACACCGAUGAGGAAAUUCAAUUAUGUGCUCGUGAACUCUUUAUGUUGAUUGAUUCAGUUUCUAAGAAUAAGGAGUACAUGAAAUCAAAAAUUGUAGACAUGAAAAAGGAUCUCCUAGAAACGACAGGGGCCAUAGCAGAUGUUCACAGAGGUUCUUUUUCGGCAACGUUGGGGCAUGUGUCUGCAGGCAGCCAUUGAUGAUGAUGUGCAUAUGGUGGCAAUUGAACAAGCUUGUUGUUUUAAUGUGAAUACUGUAGGGUUUCUGUAAUUUAUCUGUGCUUUGUGUCUUCCUUUUUGCUGUGAAUGGAUUAUGCAUUGAUGAAGAGUAAAGUUUCUUACAGUUGUUAUUUUUGUUAUUAUUAUUAUUAUUUUUUCUUGAUUUACUGGAAAUCGAGAUUUUUAAGUGACUGACGGUUCCA